ACCAGCCACGCCCGCGCCCUCCACCCGCCGUCCGCCUGCCCAGCUCCAGGCUGCAUCUGAGCCUCCGCUCGCGCGGGUAUCGCUGGCUUGAGCAGGCCAGCCGAGUCCGUUUUCCACGCCGGGGUGCGCCCAUCCGUCCGUCCUAACGCCGGUCCGGCGGCAAGGAGCGUUCCUUUGCAGGUGUUCCCAGGACCUCAGAGACCAGGCUUAGAGCCUGACACCCCUGGGAGGGGACAGCCUGAUCCACCCAGGCCGGUGGGGCCUCUGCAGGUGCCCAGGCUUAGGUGCAGCUCCCAGUGAUGCAUCGCCAGAGACUGGCCCUGGGUCUGGGGAUCUGCCUGUUGGUGGGCACAAGCCUCAGUGUCCUGUGGGUGUAUGUUGAAAACUGGCUACCGGUGUCCUAUGUCCCCUAUUAUCUCCCCUGCCCAGAGAUCUUCAACACGAAGCUGCACUACGAGAGGGAGAAGCCACUCCAGCCUGUGGCAUGGUCACAAUACCCCCAGCCCAAGCUGCUGGAGCACAGGCCCACACAGCUGCUGACACUCACGCCCUGGCUGGCCCCCAUCGUCUCCGAGGGAACCUUCAACCCAGAGCUUCUGCAGCACAUCUACCAGCCGCUGAACCUGACCAUCGGGGUCACGGUGUUUGCCGUGGGGAAGUACACUCACUUCGUCCAGUCCUUCCUGGAGUCAGCCGAGGAGUUCUUCAUGCGGGGGUACUGGGUGCACUACUACGUCUUCACUGACAAUCCCGCAGCCAUUCCCCGGGUCCCUCUGGGGCCCCACCGGCUCCUCGGCACCAUCCCCAUCCAGGGUCACUCCCACUGGGAGGAGAUUUCUAUGCGCCGGAUGGAGACCAUCAGCCAGCACAUUGCCAAGAGGGCUCACCGGGAGGUGGACUACCUCUUUUGCCUUGAUGUGGACAUGGUGUUUCGGAACCCAUGGGGCCCUGAGACCUUGGGAGACCUGGUGGCUGCCAUUCACCCUGGCUAUUACGCCGUACCCCGCCAGCAGUUCCCCUACGAGCGCAGGCGUGUUUCCACUGCCUUUGUGGCAGACAGCGAAGGGGACUUCUAUUAUGGUGGGGCGGUCUUUGGGGGGCAGGUGGCCCGGGUAUAUGAGUUUACCAGGAGCUGCCACAUGGCCAUCCUGGCGGACAAGGCCAAUGGCGUCAUGGCAGCCUGGCAGGAGGAAAGCCACCUGAACCGUCACUUCAUCUCAAAUAAGCCAUCCAAGGUCCUGUCCCCCGAGUACCUCUGGGAUGACAGGAAGCCCCAGCCACCCAGCCUGAAGCUGAUCCGCUUUUCUACCCUGGUCAAGGAUAUCAGCUGCCUGAGGAGCUGAGCACAGAGCUGGAGCUGCCACGGAUAAAGACCCAAAGCCCUGCAGCCACCAGUGCUCAGCUCACGUCAGACCUGUCCCGCCUACCUCUGUCAGUCAGGUGAAUUCAGCUGGACAAUGGAUGUGGAAAGGCCACUAUGAACUGCAGAGGGCUGUGCACACAGUAGAACACAAGAUCACACAGUAAUGUGGCAGAAGAGCCAUGGGGGCGGGGAGGGGAGGUGCGGUUACAAAGCAGGCCUGGAAAGCUGGCUGCGUUCUGCAGCUGUGCCUUUGCGGGGCAGGCUGUGAAACUUCAGCCUGACUCAGUGCCUGAACCCCACUGCGCCAGCCCCCCGUUUAUUGCAUAUUGCCCUUAACAUUGCAUUUCUAAUACCCUAGGGUGAAGGUGCCCUAGGCCCCUUUUCUCUGGUCCCAGGGGUCCUGGGUCCCUUGAUGUCCCAUAGCCACAUGUAGCCAAUUCUUCACUCAGGCCCCCAGAGCAAGCCUUUGAAAUGGAGCAAGUCUAGGCUCCCUCUGGUUUCCUGCACCCCCAGGUGAGCCACACUCUCAGGGGACUAGCCACCUCCUUCUUAAGGGGUUUGGGGUAGUUUAUAAUAAAGGUGCUGUGUGUUCGACCCUA